AUGAAGAGUGGCGGGAGCGCCGACACAAUAAUGGACGACGGCGGCAGCAACAAGCAGAGGCAAGCGACAAGGGUCUUCAAGAAGAGCUCACCAAAUGGAAAGAUCACAGUUUACUUAGGAAAACGGGAUUUCGUCGACCACAUCACACAUGUAGACCCGAUCGAUGGGGUCGUCUUAAUCGACCCGGAGUAUGUGAAAGACAGGAAGGUGUUCGGCCACGUCUUGGCCGCGUUCCGCUACGGCAGGGAGGACCUUGACGUCUUAGGCCUGACUUUCCGCAAGGACCUGUAUCUGGCCGCUGAACAGAUCUACCCACCUACGAACGUGCAAAAACGGCCGCUGACGAGACUACAAGAGCGCCUCGUGAGAAAGCUCGGUCCCUCUGCGCACCCCUUCUAUUUCGAGCUGCCCCCGCAUUGUCCAGCUUCUGUAACCUUACAGCCAGCACCCGGUGAUACGGGGAAGCCAUGCGGAGUGGACUACGAAUUGAAAGCGUUCGUCGCGGACUCACAAGAUGACAAGCCACAUAAAAGAAAUUCAGUUCGCCUCGCCAUUAGAAAGAUAAUGUAUGCGCCGAGCAAGCAAGGCGAGCAGCCGUCCGUCGAAGUGUCCAAGGAGUUUAUGAUGAGCCCCAACAAAUUGUACCUAGAAGCUUCUUUAGACAAGGAGUUAUACCACCACGGCGAGAAUAUAGCUGUGAACGUGCAUAUAGCGAACAAUUCGAAUCGUUCAGUGAAACGAAUUAAGGUGUCCGUACGCCAGUUUGCGGAUAUUUGCCUUUUCUCCACUGCCCAAUAUAAGUGCACUGUGGCGGAAGCGGAGAGCGAAGAAGGCUGCCCUGUCGGUCCUGGGUUCACGCUCAGCAAGGUGUUUACGUUAACGCCGUUGCUGGCCAACAACAAAGACAAAUGGGGUCUAGCGCUCGACGGACAGCUAAAACACGAGGACACAAACCUCGCUUCAAGUACUUUGAUAGCAGAUCCGGCGCAACGCGAAAACCUCGGUAUUAUUGUGGAGUACAAAGUUAAAGUCAAACUUUGCUUAGGACCACUCGGAGGUGAUUUAAGCGCGGAGUUGCCAUUCAUCCUGAUGCACCCGAAGCCGGAGGAAGAGCCUCCGCGUUCCGCACCCGACCCGGCGCCCGCAGACCACGACCUCAUACAGCUUGACCCACAACCAAAUGAAAACGGCCAAGACCAAGACGAUGAUAUAAUCUUCGAAGAUUUCGCACGGCUCAGGCUUAAGGGCGCGGAGACCGACGCUUGA